UACAACCCUCCCGCUCCUCUCUAUGGCUGACGGACACGUGACGCGUUCAACCCCGCCGCGCGGGACCUGCGGCGGGGGCGCGCGGGACAUCAGGGUUCCUCGGUGGUGCCUGGGGCUCAGCAUGGGCCGACCCCUCCUCCGCAGGCACUGACGGGAGCGGUGAGCACCCUGCUCAGAGAAAAAAAAACAGGGUUAGAGACAUGGAGCUUGAAAGAAUCAUUCGAGACACGCUGACAUGCUUCAUCCAGUCCCACAUCCCUGCAGCAGACCUCAGUGGGAUGGAUGAUGUUUUCUUCUCUUACAUCACGGGUGUCCUGGAAGAGCUGGGCUUGCCAGAGGCCUCUGAGGAGACCUUUGACAUGGACACCUUUGUGGAAAUGAUGGAGGCAUAUAUCCCUGGUUUUGCAGAAAUCCCCAGUGGGGAUGUUUGUGAGAUGAUGUUCUCCCUCUCAGAGAGGCUCGGGGAAGCUCGCAGCAAAGAAAAACGUGACCAAAAGGCUGUGGGAAGUGGGAGUGAAGCACCCUCUGAAGAGCUGACUGAAAGCCAGGAGGCUGGAGCUGAAGGCUGGAAUGGGGAGAGGCUGUGCUCUGCAACAGAUGGAGCCAGGGCUCAGGAAGGUGAUGAUUCCAAGGGUGGGGUGGAGCUGCUCCUGGAGAUGUUCCCAGCCUGCACCGUGAGCCAGGCAGAGAAGGCCCUUGGCAUGGCCUUGGGGAAUUUGGAGGAGGCAGUGCAGUUAAUUGUGGAGGAGAAGGUGGAAAUUGGCCCAGGAGGUGCAAGCACGAAGGAACUGGCACGGCCCCGCAGAGCACCCAACCACGAGGAACUGAAGCAGGUUAUCCUACAGAAGUACAUGAUGGUGGACAGUGCGGACGAUCAGAAAACACACCGGCCAGCUCCCCCCAGAGAGGCUCCCAAGAAGCUGAUCCGCUACAUCGACAACCAGGUGGUGAGCACAAAGGGAGAGAGGUACAAAGACAUCAAGAAGCCCGAGAGUCAGGAGAUGAGGAGAACCUACAUCAGCCUCAAACCAGCCAGGAAAUACAAGUUCCACUGACAGCCAAGGUCCUCCUGCUCCUCAGCCUCCACCUCGCCAGCCAAGCAUGGCCAGAUGGACUCGUGGCACCAGGGAUGAGGGGACUGCUCCACUGCCACUAACUGGAACUAACCUGGGAGCCAGCACACUGCUUUAAGCUUCCUCAGCUAACCUGGCUGACCAGGAGGAGCCUUCCCUCCUUGGGUACCUGUCCCUCUGCCCCCAGGACACAUGGCAGUAGCUCCCCAGGGCCUGGGCAUUCUCUGCUAUUCCUUGCAUGGGACAUUUUUAGAUCCAAGACGUGGCUCGUGCUUUUACAGCAAGCUUUUUACAAGUCUGUGUGCACAGUUGCUUUAAGUUGAACGCCAGUGUUAAAUAAAAAUUAUUUGGUGUGUAGUUCA